UAAUAUCCUUUCUCUUCAGUGUAAACGGAAGCGACCUGUGACCAAGAACAGUUUCCACGUUAGCGUUUUUAUUUAGACGUGUAUUAACCCCCUGGAACUUAUCAUAUGACUGUAACUGCACAGCAUCACAUACUUACCCCAGAUAGUGUUUAAUUCGCUUUCGACUUGGUUGAUAGAUGUUAUUUAAGUAAAGCUAGCUAGUAGCUGCUAACAAUGGCUAACUGUAUGGUUUUUCACACUCAAAUUGCCUCCAUCAUGGAGGUGCUAGCGAAUUCAGCCGUUGCAGAGAUCUGUAAACUCGUAGACGACGACUAUGCAGUGUUUCGUUUGGAAAUAACUCAAAGCCAGAAAGAAAACAGGGGAUUGAGGAGGAAACUACAGCUCGUGGAACUCAAGGUGGCACGGGAGCGCGCAGAGAGGACAAUGCGAGAGCGCGUCCUAGCCAGUCGUCCCAGUAGUGUCAAGAUCCUCGACCGAUACAGAGGAAUGGCAAGAGGUGAAGGACAUCUCACUGGAGGCCACAGGAGCUUUGUGAAGCCAGCGUGGAGAGAGAACCAACCUGUAGCUAUAGAUGAGGGGAGUGGAGCCUUAAUCCAGCAGGUUAUCGUGAUAGAGUCAGCAGAUGCAGAGGCUCCAGGUCCUGGGGUCAAGCAUGAGAGGACAGAAGGAGAGGAGGACCCACGGCACAGUAGAGACAUCCAGACUGAAGCAACGGCUGGAGUGGCGCCCCCUGUAGCAAAGGAGGACAUCGCAACUGCCUCCACGCCCCAGGCCAAGACUCAACCCAGCAUCACGGAGGAGGAGGAGGGUCCAGAGGUGCUGAUGAUGAAGGAGGAGGGUCUGGGGAACCCCGAGGGGACCAUGGUCAUUGAGGACAACCAGAUUACACCUCCUGAACCCACAGAGGAACCAGCUGAGCAGCACAGGACCACAUACAGUCUCACUGAGUCAGUAGACAUGGAGGAUGGGAAGCCUGAUCUGCUGAUAGUCAAAGAGGAGACAAUUGAGGAUGAACCAGACAGCAUUGAUCUGCUGAGUGGACUAAAGAUGGGGGAGCAAGGUGGUUGGCUGGAGGCUAACAGAGGAGACUGGGUGGCCAUUUUGGAUUCUCAGACCAGUGCAGCCAAGGGCAACAUCACUGAGCAGGCCAGGACCAGAGGUGACAUAGUGGAGUCUGCAGUCCAUGAGGACCUGCUGAUAUCCGGUGUUGCUAGAGGGAGAGACUGGACCUCUGAAGCGGCUGGUCACAAACCCUGGCCCCGGAUCAGAACCCUGGAUCAGGAGCCGUCGCUCUUCCUUCCCGAGUCGGAACCAGGACCAAACCACGAGGGACAGAGACUCCAGCACCACGCAGAACACAACCAGUGGACAGGUGGACUGAACAACCUCAGUCCUGGUGGUUAUCAGAGAGACAGAGGCUCCAGCCAGGGAUCCAGUCUGCAGCCCAGACCCUUCUCUUCACAGUCUCAGUGCAGGGAUGGAUCAGGGCCUGGGCCUGAUAGAGAUAGACCCUCCUGUUCCUAUGAUACAAACACCACAGUAUCCAUGAUAAACAGAGCAGGUCACCCUGGGCUUCAGCCUUCACAGAGAGUGGUGGGAGACCCAUCUGGUGGGAGUCUAACAGGAAGUCUGUCUUCUCCUUCAGGGUCUUGUCUAAUGCCUGGUGACUGGGUUCAUAGAAAGCCUGGGCCUGGGUCUAGCCUUCCUCAUCUACCUCAUGGUUACCCCACCAAUACAGACCGGGUCAGGAUUGGCAUUCACCACGAGAGUUACCUAGCCUAUAACACAGCACACAAUCCCAACAACACUCAUCAAACAAUGGCUAGAGGUCAAGGAGGGAGCUCAAAUUCUAACCACUUGAGGGUGGUGGCUCCUGCUUCUACCUCCUCUGGUGUCAUUGAGUCACAACGUGGGAGGCCGAGCAUUAGGUCGGACGCCGACAAGCCGUACGCCUGCCCCACCUGUGGAAAGCGCUUCGCUGAGGCAAACUAUGUGAAGAGGCACCAGACAGUUCACACCAAUGAGAGGCCCUUCAAGUGCAAACUAUGUUACAAGAGCUUCUCCUUCCUGACUAACCUGAUCAGACAUAGGAGUGUCCACAAAGGGGAGAAAUCAUAGCAGUGUGGCUUGAGAUGUACACAGGGGAUAUCUGGGAACUAUUCUUAAGCUGACAUACUGAAUUAUAAUUAUCAUGUGAAGUGUCUCAGUUGAGCAUCUGAGUAUGCUCACCAUCUCUGAUACAGACUUGUUGUUUGGUGUGCAGGCAUAGCCAAAAUAGUCAUUUUAUUGAAGUGUAACCAUAUCUCCCCUCUGAAUUUGGUUUUGUCUAUAUUCUAUACCCUCUUUUUUUAUAAUAUAUUUAUAACACCUAAUGUUAUUGGGCAUAAUCAGGUGUUACCUGUUCCUUUAUGUACUGAAACAAUGUGAUCAAAACUGUUAAUACAUUUUGAACCAUGUUG